AUGGAAGCAUUGGCAGCCGUCAGCUUGGCAGGAAACAUUCUGCAGUUCGUUGAGACGAUCAAGAAAUUGGUUUCCUCGGCACAUCAAGUUUAUCAUAUCGGCAUAAGCGAGGACCAUUUGGAGAUAGACAGCCUGACGGACCACUUGCAAGCCUGGGUGUCGCGGGUGACGCCACCCGAUCCUCCAUCCGGCGUCUUGCUGAGCGAAGACGAAAAGUCAAUACGUGCGCUUGGCGCGCAAUGCAAUCAAGUCGCGCAACAACUUCUUGGAGUAGUGAACAACCUGAAAGUGACAAACAGAGACGGGACACAUGGCCGUAUCGAGAGCUUUUACAAAGCCUUGCUUGGAGUAUGGAAGCAAGGGGAAGUCGAAGCCCUACAAGCGCGGUUGGAGAGGAUCGGAGACAACAUACAGAAGCAUCUAGCCGCGUACGACUCGAAGAAGAUUCUGCAACGACUGGACGACCUCGAAAAAGGAAAUUAUCGCCUGGAGGCUCAUCGCGCCGAGGAGAUUAGCGAAUUGAGGACGCAGUUCAGUGAUAUCUUCACUAGCAUCGGGGACAACCUAGGAGAGGCUAACUCGAGGGCUCGCACGUCGACGAUCUUGCUCGGCGCAGCUGCCAAAGGCUCCCGGUACUCGGUAGAGCAAGCAAUACUAGAAGAUUUGCGCUUUGAUGCUAUCAACGACCGGCAUGACACAAUUCGGGACGCCCACGAGCAAACUUUGACGUGGCUAUUCGGCACAGACGACCAAUGCAGCCCUUCGACGUUCGAUGCAUGGCUCACCUCAGACGACGACUUGUAUUGGAUCUCUGGAAAGCCAGGGUCUGGCAAGUCAACGCUGAUGAAAUUCCUCUGUGAUCAUCCGCGCACUAUAGAGAAGCUCGAGAUCUGGUCAAAGAAAACGCGCCUCAUUCGCGCCGAAUACUUCUUUUGGGGCGCGGGGAGGCAGAACCUUCAAAAGUCGCAGGAGGGGCUUCUUCGGUCCAUCGUCUAUCAGAUCUUGCGGCAGUGCCCAGACUUGAUCCCGCAAACGUAUCCUAAUACAUGGCGGCUGUGUUUUCCCGAGGACCAGCAUCCAACACGGGCAGUGAGCACCACAGAAAGUGCAAGUGCCUUGGUCCCUUUAUCUGUCCUGGGCCUCCUGGCUACAAUACGCACUGUUUGCGACCUAGCUGCGCAGUCCGAGGCUAAAUUCUGCUUCUUCAUCGAUGGCCUGGACGAAUACGACGGGAAGCCCGCAGACGUGAUCGAUCUCAUACGAGCCUUAAGAACCCUGCCGAACGUCAAGUUAUGUCUUUCCAGCCGGGACUGGAAUGAAUUCGAUCAAGAAUUUGGCAAGGACCGGACGCAAAGACUGUAUAUGCAGGAUUUCAACCGCAACGAUAUCAGCGCGUACGUCCACGACACCUUCGCCAAGGACGAUAAUUACCAAGAAAUGGAGGACAGAGACACUGCCGGCAAGGAACUGAUAGAGGAGAUUGUUGAAGCGGCAAAUGGCGUCUUUCUAUGGGUCUUUCUUGUCGUUCGAUCGUUUCAAGAAGGCCUCACGAAUGCAGAUGACAUCUCUGACCUCCAGCAGAGAUUGCGAACUCUUCCCAAGGAUUUAAACGAGUACUUCGAGCGAAUUCUCCUGUUCGACGUGGUUGAAGACUACCGUAGGCAAUCUGCCGAGAUAUUCUGCGUCACAGUGAGUGCGACCGAAGAUUUGCCACUUAUUGCCUACUGGUUCAUAGGGAAAACAACCGACUACGCCUUGAAUCUGGAGCCGAACCCGAUCACACCACAGCUGCUGAAUAAACGUCGCAAGGACGUGAAGAAACAACUGAACGCUCGCUGCAAAGGACUGCUCGAGGCGGUGUUCUCCCGGAUUCGACACGCACGAGGCUAUCUGCAAAGCUUUGUUGGCUCAAAUAAAAAUUUCUCCCGAGGAGUCUGA